ACCACCAACGCAAGACACAAUCCACGAACUUUGACGGGUGCCAAUUCCGCGACGAACACCGGUCCAAGAGAGUGUCCCAAUCCAAACCCAAAUGCUCCCAGCAGCUUACCACCAAAGAGUUGCAUGAUCGUCUCACUAAAGUAUUGCGUGAUGAUACCAGCAACGCAGAGCAGGCAACCGAUGAUGAUCGUUUUCUUCCGCCCCAUGAUAUCCGAGAUGAAGCCUGUAGCAAAGGCUGAGCAAAAUAGACCGACUGUUGUUGCUGCAUUCAAGAUCUGCUGGUCGACAGCUCUUAUCUCGCGGAUACCGGAACUCGUUUCAACUCCGAAUUGAUCGAGAAAGGAUUCGACGGCGAGCAAGUUCCCGACGGUGCUGUUUUCGUAGCCGAAGUUGAUGGGCAGGAGGAAGAUAAACAGACCUAGAGGGAAAUCAGCAUGGCUUCCGCACGGGGGGGGCGUUGUUGAUACUUACACCACGCUAGGACACGCUUGUGCUCCCAUAGUUCGCCCCAGGUUAUCUUUCCUGAGUUCGGGUCGGAAGACUCGACAUGCUCUGCGUGCUGAGCGUCAUUAUCGGUCUUGUCCUUGAUAGCAGACAUCUCAAAUACCGGUGAUUUGCUUGUUCUGCCUCUUCUGCACAGUGGUUAUGGGGAAUGACGGCCUUUUAUGCACCUUCUCCAUGCUUGCCAUGUGCUGCAAUCCCCAUGGGGCGACCCGGAUUUACCCCAAGUCGCACGUCUCAAUACCCGCAGAGCGGCUUCGAUCCUCCGUAGGCGUAGAACUACCGUUUCUAGACCUCCGGUGCUUGCGAUAUCCUUGUUCAGAGACCGCCAAGGAGCGAUGUCAAAUACGGGAUGGUUUACGAAGCAGGAUGCCGGGUGAACUUCGGCAGACACUCAGACAACCCCAUGGGAGUUGAAUGCCGCUUACUAACUAAUUCCGUGGAGGAACUUGAUCUUCAUCCUCCGCACUUGAUGCCUCGGGGAGUUGGGGCGGUCGAUACGUCCUCGGAGACCUACGCGGUAUCGCGAACCAUUACAUGGACGAGAAGGAUACCGCGCUCAAAGACGGGAAGAGCUUUACAUCGAACCAUGCGACGAUCUGGCGAUGGCGCUAUGCAUUCCAGAAUCAUUUCGCUUUGUGCAUGCAGUGGGCGUUAUCUAGUGACCUGUCGAAAGCGAAUCAUGCCCCAGUGGUUAUUGUCAGCGAUGGCAAGAGCAAAACUACAUCCGGCCCAGAGCCAUUCUUCAUCGAAGCUGAAGCUGGAUCCCGCAUUACGCUCGAUGCCUCGAAUCCUACGAUCCAGAUGACGAUGAACUUACUCGCCGCUGUUUUCAGUAUAAAGAGGCUACUGCGGCACAGUCGCACAUCCACUGGCCCGUUGUGCUGGAUGUUACCUUCGAGUCCCGAGAAGGAAAUUCCAUUCCCCUCUCGUGCGCGCCUGCUCAGCCUUUUCCAUCGUAAUUCCCCGAUAAUUCGCCGCUGGGCCGUCAAUUCCAAGCGUGGUCGGCCAUUUCCCCGAAGGAUCAGAAAGCACCAAUGCCAAUCUUUACCCCGAAGGACUGCGGGGCUCCGGCCGGAUGCUGCAACUGCCGGUGGCCCGUGGCUGGUGCUUCCCCAUGGGGAGUAGCAUUUCUUGCAGUCUUGAGUCAACUAGCCACUUAUGUUGCUUUUACCCCGCUGAGAGUGCCUGCUUCUCCACGUCGGGGUAUGCUGGCUGACGUCAGGCAGCUACCCUAUUUCCCCGACGGGAUGCAUCAUGAAGAACUUGGUUACAACCGGAGAUUCCGAAGAUCCGUCUAUAAAUGCGAGCGGGUAGGCACCUGCUAUAGGUGUCUGUGGUGAAAUAGCGGGAAUAAUCUUACGCCAAAAUGAAGACUGAGCUCGUGCUAGCGGCUGUAGCGACCAGCGCCCAUGCACAACAGCUGUACGUUUCGAUCGCUGGAUAUACGGAGCGGGCACAAUGUACCAAGCCUCCGUCUACGCCAAGCUAUCGCUUUGAAAGUUUCUCGUUUACACAGAAUGAGACUGUCAGACAAGCCAUCCCGGUGCCUUCGCCCACGACCACUCACGCAUAUGGCCCUGGCUACGAAGAGGCCUACUCGCUCCUAGGAACAAGCCUGUCUACAACAACCUGGGGUAGCUGGUUGCCUAAUGCCACAUCCAUUUCUGCAACCGACACGGAUGACUUAUACGGACAGGCCGCCUGGUCCUCUUUGUGGGUACAAGCAGAUCUCGCAAACUACACAUCGGUCGGUCUAUACACAACCACCGUGGAGCCUACCCCCGUCCCAUCAAGCGAGCUCGUCCUUCCGCCCCGCGACUACUUUGGCCCAACAGAUUGCUACACCUUCCCAGAGGACUUCCUCUUCGGCGUCGCUGCCUCCGCCGCUCAGAUCGAAGGCGCAAUCGCGCUCGAAGGUCGCGGACCAACCCUGAUGGAGAAGCUGAUCCGCGGUGAUCGGCCGACGAACUACAUUACGAAUGAAAACUAUUUCCUCUACAAGCAGGAUCUGCAGCGUCUUGCGGCCAUGGGCGUGAAAUACUACAGUUUCUCGAUCCCCUGGUCGCGCAUCUUACCAUUCACUGUCCCUGGAAGUCCUGUUAACCAGGAGGCCAUUAAGCACUAUGAUGAUCUGAUCAACUACACCCUGGAACUUGGCAUGGUUCCCGUCGUGACAAUGAUCCACUUCGACUCACCGCUGUACUUCCUCAAGGACAGUAACAUGUCUGCAACGCCUGAUAUCGGCUACAACAACGGUGGCUACUGGCAUCCCGAGUUUGUCGAGUCAUUCGUGAACUACGGGAAGAUCCUCUUAACCCACUUUGCGGACCGCGUCCCCGUCUGGACAACAUUCAAUGAGCCACUGCUUUAUGCGUUCAACUUUACAGGAAUUGACAAUGUUGUCAGGGCACACGCGGAGCUGUACCACUAUUAUCAUGACGUCCUCAACGGGACAGGCAAAGUCGGAUUUAAGCUAAAUGAUAACUUUGGUGUUCCCAAGAACCCCGAGAACGCGACAGAAGUCGACGCCGCGAACCGCUUUAACGAGAUGCAGCUUGGCGGCUUUGGGAAUCCACUCUGUCUCGGCGAGCAGUACCCGCAGUCCCUCCUUGACACUUUACCCGGCGCGCAGCCACUCACUGACGAGGACCUGGCGUACGUAUCAAACACUACCGACUUCUUCGGUAUAGAUCCCUACACCGCAACGGUGAUUUCCGUCCCUGCAGAGGGAAUCGAGUCCUGCGCGCGGCAGAAUCUCAGCACGAACCCUCUGUACCCGUACUGCGUCACGCAAGAACAAACCAACAUCUACGGCUGGAACAUCGGCUACCGCUCCGAGAGCUACGUCUACAUAACCCCAACAUACCUCCGCUCCUACCUAUCCUACCUCUGGAACACAUGGCGCAAACCCGUGCUGAUCGGCGAAUUCGGCUUCCCCAUCCACGACGAAGCAUCGCGAGACUUACCAGACCAACUCUUCGACUCGCCCCGGAGCGCGUAUUACCUCUCGUACCUGUCCGAAACGCUCAAAGCGAUCUGGGAGGAUGGUGUGCAUGUCAUGGGGGCGUUUGCGUGGAGCUUUAUGGAUAAUUGGGAGUUUGGGGAUUAUGCGUCGCAAUUUGGGCUUCAGGUCGUGAAUCGCACAAGCCAGGAGAGGUUUUAUAAGAAGAGUUUCUUUGAUAUGGUUGAUUUUGUGGGGGCGAGGGGUGGACUUGGGCAUGAUCAUUAAAUAAAUCGCCUACCCUAAUGUAGCUGGAUAGGGGAAUGUAUUUGCUCUAUACCUCUAUGUCUGGGCUCUAUACAAAGCCCCUAGCGCUUUCCCCUUUGAGAAUACAUACUGAUGCCAAGCGAUGUAGGUUCAUUGAGCAAAGUGACA